AUGCGCGAGGAUCUUCGUCGUUUUGCGUUCAGUAUCACAAUGGAGGACAUGCAAGUGAGACUGUGGCUCAGCAAUCGUGCGUUCCUUGCAGUUACUGAACCUAUCGACUUCUUCCAGAACAUCAAUGGUGUUAUUUUGCUCUUUUAUGCUCUUGGAUCUGCAUCUGCGUCUUUGCUAUGA